AUGAUUAACUUGCAAACCCUAGUUAAAACUCAAACGAAAGUUCAAAAGGAAGAGAGAGGUUGGAGCUUCUCUCUCAUGGAGAAGGUAGUAGUUAAUGAGAAAAAGACAAAGUUGAUUAUUCAAGGUCAAGGCUAUCUUAAUACAAUUAUAGAAUGGGGUCAUUUUGGAAAUCUGACUGGAACCUUCGACAGUUACUCUUUUGCUGUCUUUGCCACAGAAUUCACAGCCUACAAUAUCAGUUUUAAGAAUACUUUUCCUCGACCUCCGUCACAAGGAGCUAUCGGAGCACAGGCAGUUGCACUGAGAGCUAGUGGAGAUAAAGCAGCAUUUUACGGUUGUGGAUUUUAUGGUGCACAAGACACCCUUCAUGAUGACCUAGGAAGACAUUAUUACAAAGGAUGUUUUAUUCAAGGAUCCAUCGAUUUUAUAUUCGGAAAUGCAAGGUCACUUUAUGAGGAUUGUUAUUUAAACUCUAUAGCAAAACCCGAGUGGGUUGGAGAUGGAGGAUAUAUAACAGCCCAAGGACAGGAGUCAUUGAAAGACAACUCUGGAUUUUCUUUUGUCAACUGCAACAUCAGUGGUACUGGGAAAAUAUUGCUUGGAAGACCUUGGAGACAAUAUGCCAAAGUUAUUUUCUCUACCACCUAUAUGUCUGAUGUUGUAAGUGCUAUUGGAUGGAAUGACAUGGUUGGCAAUAAAUCAGCAAGCCAGACAGUAUUUUUUGGAGAGCACAACUGCAAGGGACCUGGAGCAAAAACAGCAUCCCCUCCAAGAGCCUUUUUUGGAAAGCAGCUCAAGGAUGAUGAAGCUGCUCCUUACAUCAAUACUUCAUAUAUUGAUGGAAGUGAAUGGCUUCAUUAG